UUUUGUUUAUAUUUUAUUUUUUACAGCUAAUAAAAUUAUUUAUUAAUUUUAGUUAGGUAAUUAUUUUUUAACAUCCUUUUUUAAAAAAAACAAACAAACAAAACAAAACAAAACAAAAGUAUUUAUUUGAUUUGCUUUAUUUAUGACCACAGUGUGCAGCUGUGAUGUUCAGGAUGUUGGUUAUGGCCCCGCCCUGCUCGCUGCUGAUUGGUGCGUUUGGCUCCACCGCUGCGAUCUGAUUGGUGGAUGGAGCUGUCAGUCAGAGAGCAGCGCGCUGUUUUGGGCUUUCUGCAGCUCCGAUGCUGCGGCAGCGUGAGUGUGUGUGUGAGAGUGUGUGAGUGUGUGUGUUGGGGGAGAGGAUGAGGACGCACAGAGUAACAGUGUUAAUGUGUUAGAAAAGAUGAUGAGGAGCCCAACAUCAGCUACUCAACACUGCACACUGUGGAGCUGCUCACCUUCUGUAGGAAGAAAAGAAUGGUUGGGGGAAAUGAGCUCUUCAGUGUUCGUACAUGAUUUCUUUCCCUCUCCUCCUGGGCAGGUAAGAGGAAGCCGUGCUGAGUUAUUAUGCGCUGAGGGUUCGAACAUGCACACGGGAAAAUCGGAAGUGCGCAUCCACUCGAAGUGCGCGGCGCUCUUGGGAAUGCUCGGUCACCAUCACGGCUUUACUGACUUUGCUGAGCUCACGGAUCUGUGCUGGAAACAAGACGAGUGUGUGGAGUGCGUACAGGACGCUGACCUCCUCCGUCCGAAAACGGCGGCGGCCCAGGAGAAGGCGCAACUGAAUAAAUCUCACACAUCCAGCUUCUGCAUGGCUCCAGGACAAGGACAAGGACAAGGACAAGCAAACGUUGGUCAUGUCUCAUUCCGCCCUGACAAGGACGGAGGGAGCGAGUUAUCAGCAGAGGAGUGCGCUUUACUGCGCUGUGGACUGAACCUUCCGGGUCUUUCUGGAUCUCAGUACAACCAGAGAACACACUGUGAACCGGACUCCAGGUCUUCAUCCUUUCAGCAAGAUCUAGGCUACGCCGUCAAGCAGGAGGAAUCGCUCGCUUUCAAGCCGUCAUCGGAUUCGUCUGAGUUCUCGCCGGAGGCGGACGCCGUGGUGUCCUCGGCCCUAUCAGCGCCAUCCGCGCCGUACGCGUUUAAUAAUGAACAUGGCUCCUCCCCCUCAUCUGGCGUGUCUCGUCACUCGGCGCUACCGCUGAACUCCGGCGCUUUGAAGCGACACUGCCUGUCCGCCAGGAUCAACACCACCGCCCGGAUGUCAUCGUGCGCCAACGGCGUUGUCGAGCGCCUGAACCCGUCUCCUCCCGCCUGCCUCCUGUCCUCGUCUUCAUCCUCCUCCACGUCGUCGGUGUCGUCGUCGCUUUGCGAGGAUCCCGCGUCCAUGCAGACGCCGGCGCCUGAGAACCUGAACCUGCUCCUGCUGCCGCAGCGGACGUUUCUGAAACAGGAGCCUCUGGAUGACUUUUCGCACUCGGAGGACGAUCUGUUUCAGCAGCAGUACCACCACCCACACCAGCAGCAGCAGCAGCAGCAGCAGCUCUCCUGCCCGCCUCGGACCUCCAUGCCCCCUCCGUACCACCUGCACCAGUACAGCUCCGGGAACGGCGCCCAGCUCCACCUCCACAACCAGCAGGAGCCGUUAGACGCAGCGCGAGGACGAGGGGAAGACGGCGGCGUCGUUUUCGUUGACAAGCAGACGUGCCGGUGGAUCGACUGCAGCGCAGCGUACGAGCAGCAGGAGGAGCUGGUGAGACACAUCGAGAAAGUACACAUCGACCAGAGGAAGGGCGAGGACUUCACCUGCUUCUGGGCCGGCUGCAUCCGCCGCUACAAACCCUUCAACGCCCGCUACAAACUGCUCAUCCACAUGAGAGUGCACUCCGGAGAGAAACCCAACAAGUGCAUGUUUGAGGGCUGUAAUAAAGCGUUCUCUCGUUUGGAGAACCUGAAGAUCCACUUGCGCAGUCACACAGGUGAGAAGCCGUACCUGUGUCAGCACCCGGGCUGUCAGAAAGCCUUCAGCAACUCCAGCGACCGAGCCAAGCACCAGCGCACACACCUCGACACCAAGCCGUACGCGUGUCAGAUCCCCGGCUGCACGAAGCGCUACACGGAUCCCAGCUCCCUGCGCAAACACGUCAAAAUCCACUCGGCUAAAGAGCAGCAGGUGCGUAGGAAGCUGAGGACGUGUCCCCAUUUGGAACCAGACGCUCUGAGCGAAUGCCUGCAUCUACAUGGCCCCGCCCCCUCACAGCACUGCCCCGCCUCUUCUCAGCAUUGCCACGCCCCGCCCCAGCACCCCGUUAACGGGAAGGACGGGCGCUCUCCUGCCCUGGGACAGGACAUAUUUACAGGCUUGUUCUCUGGCUCCAGCGCUGAUCUGCUCUCUCCCCCGCCUCACCUUCCCCUACGACCACCCCGCCUGGACCGCGAUGACAUCAUCAACACCCAGAAUCCUCCACAGCUGCCCUCAGCACCCCGAGACGGGUUAUCUGGUCCGUUGCUCUCUCCAGGAAUCAGUCCACUGAAGGCUCCGUCUCCGUCGUCCACGCUGGUGGAGAAACAGCAGAACCUAUCAUCCACACAGCAGCACCACAAAUCCUACUCCACCUUCCACAACCUCCCCGAAGAUUAUCGAGGAAACUUCCAGAGCUGCUUCCACUUCGGGGAGAAUUACAGAGCAGAGCAGAACAUCAACAACACUCACAUCCCUGCAGAUCCUCACAAUUUCAACACACACACACACAACGGCUUACACACCGGCUGCUCCAAUACAGGGUUCAGUUUGGUACCGGAUCUCGGGGGUUCCGUGUCUCAGUUCAGCCUCAGUGCAGAUGACAGCGUCUUCUUCCAGCUGGGAGCCUUCGAGCGCAGCCUGAGUCAAAUGUCCUCAGUGUACACGGAGUCGUAGAGCAUCACUUCAUCACUCCGUCUCUUCAUCUCUCCAUCACUCUAUCACUAUAUCACUCUAUCACUAUAUCACUCUAUCACUAUAUCACUAUAUCACACCAUCGUUUUAUGACUCUGUUACUAUAGUACUCAAUCACUCUGUCACUAUAUCACUUCAUCAGUCUAUCACUCCAACACUAUUCCUCCAUCAUUCUAUCACUCUAUACCUCCAUCACCAUUCCUUAAUUAGUCCAUCACUGUUUCUCCAUCACUGUUCUGCUAUCACUCUAUCACUCCAUCACUCUGUCAUUGGUCUUUUAUCACUCCUUUACUCUAACACUGUCAUUCUGUCACUGUUCCUCUAUCACUCUAUCAUUCUCUCUCACUCUAUCACUCUGUCACUGUUCCUCUACCACUCACUUACUGUUACUCCAUCACCCUAACACUCUAUCAAUCCAUCACUCCAUCACUGUCACUUAAUUAGUCCAUCACUGCUUCUCCAUCACUCCAUCACUGCUUCUCCAUCACUCCAUCACUGUUCCUCCAUCACUCCAUCACUGUUCCUCUGUCACUCCAUCACUGUUCUUCCAUCACUGCUCUUCCAUCACUCCAUCACUGUUCCUCCAUCACUGCUUCUCCAUCACUCCAUCACUGUUCCUCCAUCACUCCAUCACUGUUCCUCUGUCACUCCAUCACUGUUCCUCCAUCUCUGCUCCUCCAUCACUCCAUCACUGCUUCUCCAUCACUCCAUCACUGUUCCUCCAUCACUCCAUCACUGUUCUUCCAUCACUCCAUCACUGUUCUUCCAUCACUGCUCUUCCAUCACUCCAUCACUGUUCCUCCAUCACUGCUUCUCCAUCACUCCAUCACUGUUCCUCCAUCACUGCUCUUCCAUCACUCCAUCACUGUUCCUCUGUCACUCCAUCACUGUUCUUCCAUCACUGCUCUUCCAUCACUCCAUCACUGUUCCUCCAUCACUGCUCUUCCAUCACUCCAUCACUGUUCCUCUGUCACUCCAUCACUGUUCCUCCAUCACUGUUCCUCCAUCACUCCAUCACUGUUCCUCCAUCACUCCAUCACUGCUCCUCUGUCACUGCUCCUCUAUCACUCCAUCACUGCUCUUUCUCGUGUUCCCUCACUUCGUCUCCUGUCAUCUUUUCUUGUCUCCUGUCUUCUCACUGUCUCACUUCAUCUUUUCUCUCCUCAGGUCUACCCCCUCCCCCAAUCUCUCUCUCCCUCUCUCCCCCCAUCUCUCUCUCUCUCUCUCUCUCUCAGUUCUCUCCUGUUACAGUUUGUUAUUUUUGUCCUCAUUAACAGUGUAAACUCGUGACUCAGUGCAGCUGCUCUCACGCUUGGCUUUUCUUUCCGGAGCUCUUUUAGUGCUUAUAUAAAAAAAUGUCUCGUGCAGCGUAAACGCCGUAACCCGGAACUUUGUCCUCCACGUUUGUUUAACUCGCUUGCUUUGUCUCAGCUGAUUGCUUGGGAGUAAAAAAGUGCUUCAUGUCACUUGAUGCUUUUCUGAAAAAAAAAAAAAACGCCAAGUGUAAAAGCAUCCUAAAGUGUUUUACGGAGCGUUUC